AGAGAGAGAGCGAUAGAGGAGGGAGUCCCUCAGAGCCUUGCUGACAUUCCCAACCAGCACUGCAGGGGAGAGCGCUGUGAGUGAGAUUUACAACAAUAAGACAGUGUGUGUGUGUGAAGAGUCUUUAACAGUGUAUCACACACGCUCUCUCUCACACUCAUUCUGAACUCCGGGCUUUGAUACAGCUGCAGGACAGACAGCUGCCUUCACUGUCGAUUUGGAACAAGAGGAGAAAGCUAAUCUCAGCGGCCGGUGUGGUCUGUUUUAUUUCUACCAGAGGGAGAAAAGAAGAUUUCCGAGCACCAAAAGAAGAAAAGAAGCGAAAGCAUGUCCAACGCUCUGGUGAGGAGAAACUCCAGCAAACAGGGUUUACAAAACCUGAUGAGGCUGACGGCCCAGAGGAGCAUCGAGGAUGCCGAGGAGGUGGAGAGGGAGCGUCGUCGGAGAGCUCGAGAGUCUUUACGCCGGAGGAACAGUGGCUCAGUGCCCGGAGAGUCAUCACUGGACGGCGAGAUGCCACCAGAGGAGAACACGUAUGGCGGCAGCCUGAAGCCAAAUGGUUCUCAGUUUCUGGAGGAGGACGAAGGCUUCAGUGACUGGACCCAACGCAGAGAGAGGCGAAGGCAGCAGCGCCUGCAGGAACUCAGCCAGGGAGGAUAUGAAGACGAGUACGAAGAGGAAGACACGAUAAAAAAAGCUGUGCCCAUAAAGAGCACGAAGGCCUCCAUCACUUCCCUCCAACUCCAGAGGCAGGAGCAGGAAGAAAGAGACAGGGUGGAGAUGGAGAGGAGGAAGGAGCAUGAAGAAGAAAUGAUUCGAGCUGAGAGAGCAAGGAGGGAGAAAGAGAGGGAGGUGGAACAAAGAAAGAGGGAUGAACUGAUCUCGAGGAGGAGCGAGGAGAGUCAAAGGCCAAAUCCAGAGGUGGAGAAAAGAAAAGAAGUCAAAAUCUCCUACACAUCAAAGGUUUUUCUUCACCAAGAGCCAAAACACAGCAACUCAAACGGCAACACAGCCAAUGAGGAAGUGACAUCAUUUAUCACCAAGACAAAGAGAUCCACCAUUGCUGUGUGUAGCAGAGCUGUUGAACCAGAGGAGUCAGAGGCCAUCCUGGAGACAGAGCAACGUCUGGAGAAGAUCCGGCGGAGCCUCCAGGAGAAGGAGAGCCAGGAGAUGGAGCAACUGAGACAACGACAGGCUGAGGCUGAGCAAGAGCUGGAGGAGCUGAAGAGGAGGAGGGAGGAAAGACGACGGGUCCGACAGGAAGAGGAACGUCGGAGGGAGGAGGAGGAGCAGCAGCGGCUGGCCAAAGAAGAGGAGGAGAGAAGACGCAUGAAGGAAGAAAUCGAGAGGAGGAGGAUGGAGGCAGCAGAGAGGAUGAAGAACCUGAGUACGUCCAGUGUCGAUGAAGACGAGAUGUUCAGUCCCUUCAGCCCAAAAGUUUCCACACAGAAGAUCACAGAGAGAACGGAGUCCCUGAACCGCUCACUGAAGAAAAGUAACAGCUUCAAGAAGACGCAGCCUCUCCUCCUGACAUCCAAGAUCGACGACAAGCUGGAGCAGUACGCCCACGCUGUGGAGAACUCUCAGGAGGCUCGGGCAGUGAAGGCAUCACUGAAUGACCUGCCCCAGUCACCUGAGGUCGUCGCUUCCAAGAAGAACCUGUUUGAGGCUGGAGAGGCCUGGAGCCAGAGUCCCAGCAAGGGAGCAACCUGCAAGGACACUGAGGGUCUGAAGGUGGGCGUGGCCAAUCUGAUCAAUCAGUGGGUGAAAGGCCCCUCAGAUGGCAGCAGCAGACAGCUGAGCAGCAGACCCGCUGAUCUGAGGCCUGGAGAUGUGAUGCAGAAGAAGAACAUGUGGGAGGUCAUCGGAGACUCAUCGGGGAGGCCCGGACAAAACAUGAAGAGCUCAACGGCUAGUAAAAAGUACAAAUUUGUCAUCACUGGACACGGCAAAUAUGAGAAGAUUCCUGUGGACGACGAGAACGAAGGGAAGUUCACCAAUGGAAAGUCGGAUUUAUGUCACAGCGACUACUGAAAUGGCGUUGCUCUUCAAGUGGUUUCCAUCUUGAUCUCUGUGCUGGCGAUACAGACAUCUAACACAAGUAACCAGAACCAGAAAAACUUUGUUAAUACCUACUCGGAAACUGCUGAGUAGAUGUUUCUCAAGAUUGUGGAGGUUGUACAAUUAUACAAGAAAGCAUCAGCUCAAGCCCAAAACCAUUUGAUCAUUUAAUGUUUAUAUUUAACCGAUUUUCUCUUUCUUUCCAUGUUUUCUUGCAUUGCAUUUCUAGUAUUGUAUAUAUAUCUGACUGUAAACUUUACUAUUUGUUUUUCUUCUCCUCUGCAGUUUUUGGUAAAUCAUAAUUCAAGUCUAGUUGAUCACUGUAUGGUGAUGUUUUGUGAAAUAUUAAAUGUUGGGGGGGUGGGGGUGUAGCUACAUUUUAGAAAUUGCAUAGAAGUGUUGGUUCCCCCUUUGACAUGUUACAUGUUCUGAACUUAAACCUUUGCUAAAGAACAAUCUUGAAAUGAAGCUGGACUUGGGAGAGAUUUGAAACACAGCUGUAAUUAUUCCAGUAAUGACGAUAGAGUGGAAACUGGCGAUAUGACUGCGUCAUUUAGUCCAGCUAUCAACCCGAAAUCAAUGUUGAUUUGGAAUUCAUGUUUUACACAUGGACUGUUUAAUUAAACAGUGUUUCUUGUGUAUCUUUUAGAUUUACUAGUUGAUAAAUCUCUUAUUUGUCCCAAACACAUCGUCGCAAAGUUCAUAAUUUUCACACUUAGUUUUUAGUUUGGCAUUAUUAGCAUAAAUCUUGGAUAUGUUCAUUUCUUUCACACCAAAGGUACUUGGUUUUGGUACAGAAAUGAAUGAUAAGUUUAGAAGAAAUCAUGGUUUGGGUUGAAAUACACAAUUUUACAAUAAGAAACGUGUUGCAAAGUGACGUUUGCUAUCUUAAUAUCACAUUUACUGCCUCAGUAUGCACUUCUUCACAAAACCACUAGAUGUCUACAUAAUCUGUUCCACUGUUUAACUUUGACUACAAUGCAACAGCUUGUUCUGCUUGCAAGAAGAUAAAGGAGGGCAGUUAAAGGUGAUGUGUAUGGGACUGAUA